UUUUGACAGCUUCCCCAGGCGGAACGUCAACUUCAAUAUUGCUUCAAGAAGUACUUCCGCAAAAUAAUGCCGCCACGAAUACAUCCGCCCUCGAGGGCUAUUGCAUCAAUUCCGAAGAAAAGAAGACAUGUACGAAGUCAACGACAAUAUGCUACAGCGGCAGCCAUCACACCCGCCGCACCCCAUGAGCAGAUGACAAAAUCCCCCCCGCCCAUAGCUCGAUAUCCUCCAACCCAGCCCCCUUCAUACAAACCUCCUGAGUUCCGCAAGUCCCAACUUCUCCGCCAAUAUGCAUCACUCCUCCGAUCCACACCUCUCAUGCUUCUCUUUCAACACAACAAUCUGAAAGCAAAUGAAUGGGUUGGAAUAAGGCGAGAACUCUCAGCUGCUCUGCAAAAGGUGGAUGCGGCGCGAGUAUCUCCUGUCCACCCACCUGAGCCUUUGGCGGACGCAAUCAAGAUGCAGAUUAUUCAGACGGGUAUCUUCGCCGCCGCGCUCAGAGUCGUGGAGUUUUACAAGCCGGAAUCACGGCCUUCUACACUCGAUCCUACAGAUCCAUCGACUCCAUCUUCAGCGGCUGUUCCAGUAUUUACUCAGAGCGGUGAUCAGUUGACGCACACCUUGUCGAAAGCCGCUCAUGAAGCAGUAGCAGAUACCAGGACGGCUCAUGCUCUUGCCCCUUUACUUUCGGGGCCACUAUGUCUGUUGACAUUCCCGAAUGUUUCCCCGCAGCAUAUGAAGGCAGCCCUUUCGAUUCUAUCCCCCAGCCCACCACGAUUUCCUGCCCCAACGCGGAGGGCCAAUCCUGGAUGGCACGAUGCUGCUAUACAGAGUGGUUUGCAGAAGCUUCUUUUGCUUGGAGCCCGGGUAGAGGGUAAGGUGUUUGAUCUUGAGGGGGCGAAGUGGGUUGGAAGCAUUGAUGGAGGGUUGGACGGCCUGCGCGCUCAAUUGGUUGCUAUGUUGCAAGGCAUAGGUGGAGGUGUAACAAAUACUUUGGAGAGUGCUGGAAGAAGUAUCUACUUCACAGCUGAAGGUAGACGGACUAUGCUGGAGGAUGAGCAAAAGGAGGCUUCGAGAGAGACAGCUAAACAAAAGUAAGAUAGGCAAAGCUGCUUUGUAUUCUAAGUGUGAAUCUAAAUC